GUCGCUACCACUUUCGUUUUGUAAUUGAAGAUGGCCGCUUGAAAUAUCUCGUCAACAUGCAUGCUGUAAAAAUGUGUACAUCUGAGGAGGAUAUUCUCGCCCUCGCGAAAUCGAAUCAAGUUAGCACGGAGGACUACGCUUAUCUGCGAUUACAGGAAGUCGUCACCGAGUCGUGCUGUUUUCACCGCUCCGCGGAAAACCUGUGGCAUUGUACGCGACGUUACGCCGAUACGCCAUUCGACCGCGAGGAUUGUGUUAUCUCACCUUACUUGACAACAUCGAGAAGUAGGGGCAGAAUACCAAUUUGAGUUGGAACACGCCAGGGAUUCCAUUGCUCCUUGGGUCUGCGCGUUUAGACCUCUCUAGAACACGUGUUCGUCAAGCUAUCUCCACCUGUGGAAAAUUCAGCAUGUAUCCCGUACAGUACACAGAACCAGAAACGCCUUUCACAAUGAGGAAGCGCAGUUACUUAGACAUGUGGUCACCGAACGGUAAGAUGAUACGGUCGUACGCUACGGUUGUAAAUAAUGAGAUACUGUUAUCUGAUCUCGUGAAAGAUUCGCCGGCGAUGACCAAGAGCAUGCUCGAUGCUGCGCGACGUUUUCUACGUAUAAUCAAGGAAAUAUACCACAAAAGGUAUAUCCAGUCCAUGCUUUCUCACUUUGUAGCGAGAUGUCACACCGAGAUAGAUAUCGACCACAUGAUCAACUUACAAUCAAUUAAGAUGAGAAAUGAUGCAAACCUCGUAAAGAGCUCUGGCAACACAUACAAAAAUAAUAGUACAAUGGAAUCUCACUUCAUGCUGCAAGUUAGCAAGAUAGACAAGACAACGAAGGACAGUAUGUGGAAGAGUGAGACAGACAUCCACGAAGACACGGAUGUCGAAUCCUUUCUCAUGGUUUCUCAGUUGGACGUACCAGCCAUGGAUUUCAUAGAAAGUCUAAUGUCAUGUAUUUCCCAAGUUUGUCGAAAUUUGGGAAAGUCUUUGAACAGCGUGUCCGGUCUUUACUGCAAACCAGAGUCAGCGCAAAUGUCCGUGAAGCGUCCGUCGAUGAAGCUGCACCACCGGAGAAUAAUCACCGCUGUCGCGGUGAGCCGUGGUCGCGGCAGAGGGAAGGGUCAGCUGAGGCGCUCCGGAGUGAGCCAAACCAUAUGCCGGAUGGAAUGUGUCAAGCACGAAGAUCAUGAGCUUAUGCAGUACCCUCUCGUCGACGCGGCGUCAAACGAUUGUUUGUUAGACUGUAAUUUUGACAACUUUAAUAUUUCGGAUCUUACUUAUCCCACAAAACUGCUCAACUGUCCGUUGAUGUCCAGCUCCCCCAAAUCGCCCACGAAGGGAAAACCGAACGCGCGUAAGAAGAGAAGUAAAGCGAGAUGCGCGACCAAGGUGCGUCAUACAGCUAAACCUUCGAUGAUAAAUGUUUCCAAGGACAACGACAGCGAAAUUUCUGAUGCACAAGAGGAUACGUUGCACUCGAUGGAGUACUUCUUUGACGAUGAGGAUGGUUGGAUCUUUUGCAAGGAGGUUGGUGACGACAAAUUGCCCAAGACACGUGAGAAACAAGGAGCGACAGAAUACCCUACCAGAGCACGUCAUGUACAUAAUUCUCCGAUGAAGAAGUACAAGGAUUUUACCAGCGAGAUCCAUGAGAAAAAUAUUUAUAUCCACAAUUCUGAGGGAGCUUCGUCUCGAUUGCGCUCGUCAUCGGAGAGUUCUAUCGAGUUUGAAGGCAAUAAUCAUAAUUUCACGGCUUUGGACGAGCAAGAAACGACGGAUUCUAAUAAUUCCUAUGCUGCUGAAGCGAGCGACGAUGACUUUGAAAUUAGCUUCUGUGAUGAAGACAAGGAUGAAUCGAUUGUCUUUGUUGAUCAAGACUAUGAAGAAUUAACGGCGCGAAAGAAGGUGAAUUUCAACCUGACCCCUGUCGUACACGCCAUAAUAACCUGGGAUUACGCAUACCGGGCAGCCCGAAAAGGUCCAUGGGAAGAAAUGGCGCGGGACAGAGAGAGAUUUAGGAAUCAUAUAAAUCGAAUUGCGCCUAUCAUUGAUCCAGUUUUAAAAAAUGCACAUCGCUUGCAAGUUUGGCAGGAACGUUUCGCUUCUCUAGAAUAAUUUUAGCUAGUGUCAUGGAUUAUUGAUAUUUUCUUAAAUACAAAAAUAUGAAAAUGUGAAUGGAGUAUAAAGAAAUUUUGUCUUCUCAUGUGACUAAAAUAUAUGUCAUAUUCAAUAUAGUUUGUUAUCAGAUUUUACUGAUUGAUCAAAGUAAUUGCUGAUGGCAACAAUUGUAACUUUUCUUUUUCUCUCUCUAAAAAAGUUUCCAUUUUUUUAGAAAGAAAAGCAAAGAUAAAUCGAUAUUCUGAUUUAAAGUAGGAUGUGAAAGAAAAAAAAUGACUUUCCUUAAUAAUUUACUGAAAAAUUACGUUACUUUUUUACAUAUUUGUUUUAGGGAUACAUAACGCGUGACGAUCGUUACUGCUUGACCGGAAUGAUAAAAAGAAAAUGUAAAUGCUAUGUUCUUGUGAACCUUACAAAAUUCCAUCAAUAGUAAUUCUCUGUAAAUAAUGGUACACUAGUGGAUUAUAUUCGAACUAUGGAUAAUUGUCGAUGUAUAUAAGUAUGUAUAUAUAUAUAACGUCAGAUAACUGGAGAAAGUUAUGUAUGUACAUAAAUAGUUUAUAUAGACCGUAAAGUUUAUAUGUGCGCGAAAUCGGAAACCUAGUUUUAAAUCAAUAGUCUGUCACAUGUAUUUCACAAUGUUUCUUUAUUUCUUCUGUCGCAAAUUUUCUUUGAUAUUCACGAAAUUAAUAAAAGCAAAUAAAAAAGAUUUUUUAUCAUGAGCAAAAGGUGAUAGCUUGUUUAUUAAUGUUUUUCUCCUUUUGUGAGUUUUUCUACUUCGCAAAAAUGUAAAAAUUUGAUAAAAAAGUUAUCAUUUGAUAUAUUGCAUUUAAGGUAUUAAGUUUGUAGAAAAUAUGAGUGCAAUUUAAUUAUAUAUACAAUAGUUAUAAAUGUUUAGCGAUAAUGUUGGUGGAUGGGAAUAGCAGCUAAAAUUUUAUUUUUAACAUUAUUUAAGAAUGAUUCCACGUGAGAUAUAAAUUAUUUCGAGUUAUAUAACAAGUAAAAGGAGAGAGUGUUUUUCUGAAUUAGACAAAAGAAUGUGUAUGUACAUUUGUGUUCUUUUAAACACUCGCAUUGCUUUUAAAUUUAGUUAUCUUUUACAUUAAUAUAAUUGCUUUUAAUUUGGUUAAUAAAGAAUAACUAGCAAAUCUAAUCUUCGAAUAAAUGGAGAGACUUUCCAUUGAUAUAAAUUUAAUAUACAAAAGCGAGGAAAGUUUUAUACACCACGGUGUUUAUUUAUAGUUUGUAUUUUUCAAAUUGUGUUCUCUGACAAUCGUAAGAUUUUUCAAUUGUCAUUUAAAUAUUUGAAUGCAUGAUUGACUUCAGGUUGACUUAUCCAAAUAUAUUUUCCGAAAUAAA